GAAGGCAGAAUCUGAUCUGGAUUAUAUUCAACACAGACUGGAGUUUGAAAUAAUGAAAAGUCUCCCUGAUAAUCCAGCAGUAGAGGAAAAUCCAGUUGCUCUCUUGGAAGAACUCUCAAUGCUGAAGUCUCGUUAUAAAACGUUAUGUAUGCAGCUGGAAAAAGUUUCCAUAGAGCAGAGAGAAUCCAUGAAGGGCAUCCAUGCUGCUCUGGAGAACACAAUGAGGAUGGUUCAGGCAAUACAGCAACACACUGAUCUUGAGUGCUUACCUCUGUCAGAAGAACAGGCUGCAGCACAGCGGUUAACCUGCCAAACUGUUAAAGAAAUGCAGUUGCUAGUGGAAGAGCCAUCUUGUUUGAGAUCUACAGUCCCUGGCUCAACUGAAGAAUCGCAAUUCAAACCAUUGACUGAGGAAAUACUUAUGACUGUACCAAGGAGUAUCAGAAGUACUGUUAAACUGGCAGACUUGAACAAUUUGUACCGGGAGUUAUUUAACCACUUCAUUGUAAAUAAGAACAAAGCAGCAUUGAGUGUUUUGCAGAUGAACAAGAUGAAUAUGAAAGCCACUGACCCAAGAAUAGGAAUCUUGAAAGAACUUGCUAUUGUGGAACUUGACAAACAAGGAAAUGUUAAAUUAGUUGUGUAA